AUGUCUUCAAGUCCAACACCGGCCCCAGGAUAUGAAUUUGAACUGCGUUCAAGCAGGGAUACUUUUAUGAUUGUGUCAGUUGCUGCUGUUUGUAUCCUCAUCGUCUUGGUCAGUUGCUACAAAUUUCAAAAACGAUUCUUUUGCUGUGCGGUUGGUGGUGCGACUUUCUCUAGAACCCAGGUUCAAAGGUUGCAUCUAAACGAGGUUAUCUCUCAAGAUCCUUCAAUGCAAUUGCAGAGUCAUGGACUAGAAUCCUCCAUUAUACACUCUCUCCCCAUCACUCAGUUCAAGAAGAAGAAUGGAGAAGAAUCAAGACCGAGCAAUAAUGAAUGUGCAGUCUUUAAUCUUAGUCUCUAUCAUGAUCGUCUUGUUUCUAUACACACAUUACCAGAUGCCCCAAGUAGCGAAGACUUUUUCCAAGAAAGAGCAGGGCGAUAUCAAGUCCUACGCCUCGAGAUCCUACAGAAUUUGGUACCCUAG